UGACGCACAAUGGUGUUAUAAAAAGAAGAUCUCAGAGCUGCGCUUGAUUAUUGCAAUUGACAGUAAACUUGAGAGCUGGAAAAAUGCCUAGGAAAGGAAAAAACAUUUCUUCAAACAAGAAAAUAAAGAUGAUAAACAGCUCAUUAACUGAUAUUUUAGAAAAGGACAUUACCUCUGGCAACAAAAAUAAUAAACCUACUGAUGCUAAAAAUACAAACAAUGAUCAGGAUCUGACUCAGAACAUUCAACAAUCAGGAUUAAACAGUGUUCAACAAUUAACUAAUAAAAAUGUCCCAAUUUUACGAAUUGGUAACAAAAGUAUUUCAAACAUUCAAUCAAUUUUUAAAGUCAAAAAAGUUGCAACAACUAACCCUGAAAUUCUCAGUGGGAAUGCAGAGAAAGAUAACCGAAUUGCAAGCAGUCAAAGCACUUUUGGAAGCAUUGAAACGAAAUCCUGUAAGGAUGGACCUCAACCCUCCAAUGAUGGCUGUGAGAUAAACAAUGUCUCAGAGCAUACCAUUGAAGUCACACCACAACACACUGAGGAUGUCCAUGCCAAAGACAUCCAUCCAACGAACACUAUAAACCAAAACUUGAAACCUGCAAUAGCACCUUUAGAAGAUUCGAUAAACUAUGAAAAGAUCUUAACUACAGGUGUUUCAAAAACUAUCAUGUCCCUUUCAGAUCCAGCACAAAAAGGAUUGGAAACUAAAACAUUACAAAUGCCAGAUGGAACUUCAUUACAAGUUAAUUUAAAAGAUGCAUCUAAAGACCUGCAAAAACAAACUUCAGAACUUAGUAAUAGUAUUCAAAAAGAUAUCCAGACUGAAGAUGAUCAAAGUACGAACACAUCUCUGCCAAACUACAUGAACCAGAAGAUUCUUAUGCCAGAUGUCUUAAAUACCAUUAAUUCUGUAGCAAAACCUGGACAGGCAGCUGCGGAGCAACUGACACUGAAGAGACAAGAUGGAACUCAGAUUCAGGUUGAUGUAAGAGGUACAUCUGAAUGUCAAACCACUGAAGGUGAAACUCAGAAUAGGAAGUGUACAGCUGGUCAAAGUACCAAAUCUGGAGUCGAAAAAAGACAAAACAAGAGAAAACAUUCUGAAGAUGAUAACAGGACCAACCAAGUGGAUGAACAAAGUUCCGAAAUUGGCUGUGUUAGCAACCAGGUUCCAAGCAAUGGCAAUAACCAAGAUGUUGAGGAAAUUUCCAAGGAAGAUGGCAACAGUCAAAACAAAGUUUCCACCAUUAAACAGAAACAGCAAUCCACAGUUAAGGACGUUACAAAAUAUCAAAAGAUUUUGACGCCAGAUGUUUUAAAAACAAUCAUGUCGCUCAAUAACCCAGUGCAGCAGGGAACAGAAGCUCACAUGUUGCAGUUACCAGAUGGCACUCUUAUUAAAAUUGAUUUUCAAACGGUUAAAAAAAGAAUGUUAAAAAAGGGCCCUAAACGAAAAAGGAAAAAACAGGGCUAUCCAAAAGGUUUUGUUUGUCUAUUCGAGCCACCAGUAGGGGAACGAAUAUCUAUGUAUCAAGACAGAAGUGAACUUGAUGCUUUUAUUGUCAAGUGUACAAAUUGUACAGGUUAUCACUGUCCAUUGUGUCCUUGGACACGGUAUCAAGCUGCCAGAUCAAUACCUAAACUAAAUAAUCAUAUAGAUAUUGUCCAUUGGAAUAAAUCUGUUCCAGUUAUUAUUGAUGAUGCAGAAUACAGAACCCUCAACUGUAAUUUACACCAUGGUACUGUUAAAAGUAAACAUCUUCAUUGUCCAUGUGGUGCCAUUUUUAAGACAAACAGCACACGGGAAAGAUUUCUACGUCAUCGACGCUUUAGAUGUCCACUUACAGAACACAUUCGAAAACAGAGAGGGACCCAAGAGCUUCGUAAAGAAAUGAAGCGGUUUGAGGCCUGUAGGAAACCAACUUAUCCGCGAGAAAUACACAAGAGCAUUUUUGAUUCAUGGGAAGAUUUCCAAGAGAGUGUAACAUUUUGUGAAAGUUGUAAGCGUUAUCAUUGCUUGGUUUGUCCGACAACACAUUUUAGACAGUCAAGUCAUGGCCGUCUGUUAAUACACUUAAGAAUGCACUUCCGCUCAAGAGUUAUACUAUUAAAUGGCUUAGACGGUGAGGAGGGUCCAUUUUUUCUUGGCUGUCUAAUUCAUCAUGGAGAAUUUCAGAAGCGCCAUUUUCAUUGUUUAUGUAAUCGAAUCUUUAAAUCCAACAAAAAGCUGUUUAAAAAACACCUAGAGAUCUGUCCUUACAUAAAAAAAGGAGAAUAUACCAAAGACGACUACACUCGGUUAAAGUUGUAUAAUGACGCCCCCACAGAUACCGAAGCAUUUUUAACAGUUGGUCAAGUUAAAGGGAUGAUUUCUCGGAAUUCUAUGCCUGCAUAUAGUCGUCUUGGUGAAAAGAUCCCCCCUCCUGCGCUAUUGGCCAGUAUAUUUAGUAGUAUACAAGAAUUGUGCUCCGUUAGCAAGCGAUGUUAUAUAUGUUGUACAAGGUAUCACUGUCCUCUAUGCCCUAACAACAACUACAGGCCAUCUGAUAGAACUCAACUAGCCAAACAUUUACUUCAGUAUCAUCACAAAUAUAAAUUAUUAUUACCUUCAGGACUGUUCUCCUACCCAUGUAAUUUACCACAUAAUACUGACUCACAAGUUCGACAUUAUCACUGUGUCUGUGGUUACUCACCCAUGGUCAGGAAGCGAUUUCUCAAGCACUCCAAGGUGUGUGCCCAAGCGAGGCAAAUUAUCCCCUGUCCUGUCAUUGCAGAACAAUAUCAAUACAACAUACCAGACGCUAGUCUGAUUGACCUGGCAGGAUUUCAAGGAUCUGGUAGUAUGAGGGACAUUGACUUUAAUCAACCUUUACAAGAAAUUUUUCAAGGGUCAUCAAGUGAAGAUGAAACUGCCAUUGACGAACCUCUGUUUCAGGUGAAGCAUGUGGAAACAAAUUUGAAGCUAGACCAUGCGUAUGGUCAGACAAAGAAAUUUUUCGAAGAAAGUUUACAAGACCAUCUUAAAGCCAAGGCAGCAUAUGAAGCACAAAAUAGUUUGGCUGAUAAUGAAGGUGAUGAGGAAUGUCAUCAGUUUGAUGUUCCUGUUGAGACUGAGAAUAAACAUGAUCAUCGAGUAGCCAUUAAUCAUGAAAUAACAAAUAUGGCUUUGUCAGAUCCAAUGUAUGGUAUAUUUAAUCCGUUUGAUAUGUUGGUAGCUCAAGUGAAGAAAUGUGAAACGUGUUGUAAAUUCUAUCACUGCCCAUAUUGCCCUCCUAUGUAUUUUAAACCUGUUGCACGUAGACUCACCAUCAAGCAUUUAAAAACUCAUUGGUCUAAACGCGUCAUUAUGAUUGAUGGAACAUUUGCUUUGCCUUGCUUUCAAAACCAUGGUGUGCAGCUUACCAAACACUACCAUUGUAUGUGUGGUUCAAUUGUAGAAGCCAGUGCAACAUUCUUUUACAACCAUGUUCAUUCUUGCCUUUAUAUGGAGGGUCUUGUUGAAGAGUGUCAGAAAGGACGUCAGGAAGUUAAUGCUCCUUUGAAAGAGACCUAUUCAUCAGACCCUUCACAAAAAGGUCUUGAUAAGGUUGUUACAGAAUUAACAAAUCAUCUUCAAUCACCUAUAAAAUUAGAUCAUAUGGAAGAAGUUGUAGAUAUCAGUCCAAGAAAACACCACAGAAAACGCAAUGUAAUUCAUGGCAGAGCAGCAAGAACUGAAAUGUUUAAUCCACAUUCAUGUACCGCUUCUCAACCAAAGAAACAGAAACUUAAUGAACAAGAAUUAAUGGUGGAAGCUGUUAACAAUAUAGACUCAGAUUUCCAAAUAUUGGAUUCAAAAGACAGCAAAACAAAUACUUCUAAUGUUAUAAACAUGGAGGACUAUGAAGCAAACGUUCGUCAGUGGACAUUAAGUUCUAUGUUUACAUCUAUAGCCAACACUGUUACAUGUUCUACCAUUGUAGACACAACUGCUACUGAACAGACGGUGUAUGCCAGUGGAGAGCAGGAUACGUUGUCUGAAUUUAAUGACAAUGAUGCAAACUGUAACCAAGAUGGUGAUCAUCAUAAUCAGUGUUCUGUUGUUGAAGAAGUCAUCUCCAUGUGUGAAAACGGACAGCAGAAUCAGAGUUCAAGAUUAGCCUACGAGGGAUGUAAUUAUGAGAUAGUCCUGCCAUCAACUGGUAAUAUUGAUAUAAAUCAGAUACAAGGACUUUUAUCAGAGGGGAAUUACAAUUAUGUUGUUGUCAAUAAUACUGAUCUGAUAGACUAGAGUAAAACACUUGCUGUGUGUAGUUUAGACAGAACUUGGGACAAUGGGUUUAUGAGUUUAGUAUAUAGACUUAGUUGUGUUCAUGUAAAUCUAUUCUUAUCCUACAGUUUGUAUAUAUUGUAUUGUUAAUGUAAUUAAACAGUGAAGAGGGUAUGAUGUUAACGGUAAAAAUA